AUGUCUCACCUCCACGAGAAACCCUUAGGAACCACCAUCCACAUCAGCGCACUCGACGGCAUAAUCCACGUAAACUCCAUCUUCACCUUAGCAGUUUUCUUAGGCCUUUCAUGGAACCCAAAUGAUCCAUCAAACACACUCAUCACUGACCCAUCUUGUUCUUCACUCAACACCUCCAUUGCUGAAAACAUAGUAGCUUUCCACGUCUACUCUUUCUCCUCUUUCCUCUUCUCUAGCCUCGUUGCUUUGGGCCUUAAACAGGCCUUCCGUAUUCCGGCCCAUUACGACUCUUAUCGGGCUUUGAUCCAUACAUCGGGCCUUCGUUUUGGCAUGCUUGUCUCUGCUAUUGGAUCUGUUUCUGGGUGUGCUUUUCUGAUGUUGGCUUUGGUUAAUGUAGUUCAGAUUAAGUUGGGUAGUUUGUCUUGUGGGAGUUCUCAUGCUAUUGCUGCUAUUGUUCCUCUUGUUAUUUUGGUUCCUUCUGCUCUUUUGAUUUAUAUUGUUUUUGUUCUUUAUGCUUUUACUCGUUAAUUGUAAUAAUGAUACUCUCAUUUGUUUGAGUAACGCAGAACUUAUUAGACCUUAUUAGACCUUAUGAGUA